CCUUUUAAUAAUCCCAAAAACACAUUGAACUUUCCUGCUCGUUUCUCUCUCUCCCUCUCCCUCUUUCCCUGAGAGCUUCGCAUCGUAUUUCUCUCUUCUGUCUCUCGCCGGAGAACCCAUCCUCCGGCGCCAUAACUAAGAGCCAAAGGUGCGAACCCAUUUGUUUCGACCACGGCCGGUCUGGCAACCUCGGAGACAGAUCGGAUCCAAGGAAGUGGGCGAUCGGUACUUCAAUUAGUUAGCUGGCAGAGAGGAUAGAAUACAGAAGUGGGAGAGAGAGUGAUAGAGACAGAGAGAACUGAAGAAAAAUGUACAAGAACCAGCUUCAAGAGUUGGCACAGCGGAGCUGCUUCAACCUCCCCUCCUACACGUGCAUUCGGGAAGGUCCUGACCACGCGCCUAGGUUCAAGGCAACCGUCAACUUUAAUGGAGAGAUCUUCGAGAGCCCCCACUACUGCUCCACCCUCCGCCAAGCCGAGCACUCCGCCGCUGAGGUAGCACUUAACUCCCUCUCCAACCGCGGUCCCUCUCACUCGCUCGCCGCCAGGAUCCUGGAUGAGACCGGUGUGUACAAGAACCUCUUGCAGGAAAUAGCACAGAGAGUUGGAGCCCCAUUGCCACAAUACACAACAUUCAGGUCAGGCCUUGGGCAUCUACCUGUUUUCACAGGGACGGUGGAAUUGGCCAGAAUAACAUUUACUGGGGAACCUGCCAAGAAUAAGAAACAAGCAGAGAAGAAUGCAGCUAUGGCAGCUUGGUCAUCUUUAAAACAAUUGGCAAAAGAAGCUGCAAAUUCUUCAUCUGACACAGAGAACAAUGACGAGCUGGAACAGAUCACAAUAGCAAGGGCUUUAUUGAAUUACCGUAUGAAGGAGAAAAUCGCAAUGGCUAACCCCAAUGCCCCAAUACCAUUUCCAAAGAAGUUUCCAAUUCAGAGCCUCAGACCACCCAGCCCACAACCUGCCUCCACAACCACAUCAAAGAUCCUCCCCUUAAUUUGCCAGAAGACAGCUCCUCGAAACAGACCUCCAUCAACAACGGGAAAUGAGAGCCAGUUGCUAACACCAGAGACGUCUUCAUUGGAUGGCUGGGUAGCUCGUCCACAAAAGUUCCCUGCAGCAGGAGCAGUUCCUUAUGUUCCCAUCCGACGGUUUAGGAUGCCUUGCCAUGGUAUUGCACAGCCAGUGACAAUAAGGACUGCAGUGCCUGUUUACUCUGCUCCACCACUUCCUAUGCCAUCCAAACCAACCCCUCAGUUGAUGUGGGCACCAUCUGUUCGAAUUGCUCCUCCAGUCUCCAUUAGGCAUGCUGUUCCAGUAUUUGCCACUCCACCCACGCGGAAAGAAGACCCUCCUCAUGUUGUUCGAAAAGAAGAUCCUCCAGCUGUUUCUGCUCCUGCCCAACUAAGUAAAUCACAGGCUCAAGUAGAAGAAACAGAGGGAACAACUGCAAACAAUCUACAAGAAUCGAAGACAGUAGUACAAAACCUAGAACUACUCAAAAUAUGAGGAUUGUUUUUAACUUGAAUUCAUGGGAAGCAAUGUUAUGUUUUUGCAGAGUUCUGAAGUUUGCCUUCUCCAUCUUUCCUCAUCUGUUAUAUGAGUGAUCUUACUUUAGCUUCUUUUUUAAUUUUUUUUUUUUUUUUUAACCGUUCUCAUCUUUAUUUUGUUAAAAGCUACAACACUAGAUUAAAUUAGUAAUCAGCAGUCUCGAAUCUUUGCCAUUCUA